AUGAAGGGUUUCCGGCGUGCAGGCUUGUCGCUUCUCGUUUUCGCGGUUCUCCUGUCUCCCGGCCUCUGCUUCCGCGCUACCAGCGUGUUGUCAGGGCCAAGGUCUGGGGCACGACAAACGACCUGCUUGGCGCAUGCAACGCUGGAUCUCGUCAAGACAGCUGUGAAGGAAGGCACGACUGCAGUGACCCGCUUUCGAGGUCUUGGGCUGCCUUUCCUGUUCCCUCCUCCUCUCCUCCAGGGUCCUCUUGCGUCCGAAGAGGCUCUUGAGCGAUGGCUCGUGGAAGAGGCCGGAUGUGAUCUUAACAAGUGGGGGCAUGGAAAAGCGAAGAGCGCGCGGGAGCUGCUCGAGGAGCUGCGAGCUGGGGAGUCGUUCCUCCGGCCAGAGGGGACGAGGGGAGUGAAGGUUGCGAAGGUAAGAGUUUUUGACGGGGACUACGAGCUGUUCGAGACGAGUCAGAUCCUCGACAACGGAGUGGUGAAGGAGAGGAACAAGCAGCUCGCGGAGAAGUUCCGACCUGGAGAGACUCCCUUGCAUGCGUGUGGUCGGGGAGUGAGCGAAGAGUUGGGUAGCAUCGUGGGCUCGAACCCGGCGAUCCAUUUCCUCCGCAACGGUGAAGUUGUGGCGUGGGAGGAGACAGAAACGUCCUCUUCCUACCCGGGGCUUCGAUCGGUCUACGAGCUGUACUGGAUGGAGGCAGAGAUCCAGGGGCUGCACAGAGCUGCUACGGGAAUGCGCUUCUACACGCGGGAGAGCAGCGAGAGCGACGGGCACUGCGAGAAGAUUCACGUGUGGGAGUGGAAGCCACGAGGACCCGCCACCCGAGCACCAGCAGAGAAGAGAAGGAUGAAAGUAGGCCUGUAUAGUUCGUGA